UCGGGUUUCUGAUACGGUACGCACCGCAUGUCCUCGCUCGACUCGCUCUCGCCCAGUGCGUAGAAUUCUUAUUUUCAAAUAUAAUUGUGACUUUUUUCCCAGUGUUUCUCUUUUGUUUUUUUUUGUUAAAAUAAAAAAAUCCAUAGACAAAAAAAAUUAAAAUUCCACAAUCUAUUUGGUCGCGAUAGUGCGUCCGCCCGUCUGUUAGUGUUAUUACUUUGUUGGACGUUUUCGGUGCUGGUAACGUCAAUCAGUUAAAGAGCUUCGGCGACGACGAUAAAAAUUACUGAAUGGAGUGCGAGACAUACGCUUAAGAACAGGCGGAAAGAAAUUGGAAAACAAGAAGAAAACCCACGUAGGAUAACAUGACCGAAAGGUGGACCGAAGAAGAGCUGGACGCGUUCCUUUUGGGCAACGGACAGAGGGCGCCGCCCGGACUGGUCAGACAGAACCGACGGCUAUCCGGAAAUGUGGCCGUCGGAGCGUUCAAAGAUGAAAAGAAGAUCGAGAAGUACGACGACCCCGUGUCGACGGCUAUUGGCGAAUUUGGCCGGUGGCAAGCGAUGCUCACGAUAAUAUUGUCCUUGCUCAACCUGCCUUGUACGUGGCACAUAUUCGUUCUUACUUUUCAAGGGUUGGAUACGGACUUCUGGUGCGCACCGCCGCCUGGCCUCGAGCACCGGAUAUCCGUGGACCAGUGGAAAAACUUGAGCGGAGUGUUCGUUGUGUCACAAAACAUGGAUUUGGUCUACGACCCUUGCUAUUAUCGAGACAUCGACUAUGAGGGUUUGCUCGACAACCACACGUUUGAGAGUGUACUCCCGAGGGACUCGGACAAAGAUGUGAUUAAAAAGUGUUCGUCGUGGCAAUUUAACACGUCCGAAUUUGGUGACACGAUAACUUCGGAGUGGAAUUUGGUGUGUGACAGAAAGGAUUUGAAGAACUUCGCCGAGAUGAUGUUUUUGUUAGGCGUUGCUUUCGGCGGUUUCUUCUCGGGUCUCGUGUCUGAUAGAUUUGGAAGGAAAAAAACUUUGAUGGCAUCUCUUAUCAUGCAGUUGACACUUGGCAUCAUGGUUGCUCUCUGUCCGUGGUUCGAAAUGUACUUGGCAUUAAGAUUUGUCUUAGGUUUCGUUUGUGUCAGCAUUGUAUUCAGCGGCUUCGUGUUGUGCAUGGAAUUGGUCGGUGGUAAAUGGUUGACAAUUGCCGGAGUACUCUAUUUGCUUCCUGUCCCGCUGAGUUACAUUAUAAUUUCCGGUAUUGCAUAUGUGUGCAGAGGAUGGAGACUUCUUCAGUGGUGCGUCACUUUGCCCGCCGUGUUCUUUUUAGUUUUACAUUGGUUCAUUCCGGAGUCGCCGAGGUGGUUGUUGGCCAUGGGAAAAGUGGAUGAGACUAUGGUCGUUUUGCAAAAAGCUUCCAAGAUCAAUAACCAACCGUUGCCGCCGAACAUGGACAAAAUCAUUAGCUAUAGUGUACGGAAACUGGAAACCACCGGCAAGCCUAAGGUACGAGUUUCAGACCUGUUCCGGACAAAAAAUAUCAGAAAAAUAUCACUGGUUCUGUACAUACUGUGGUUCAGUUUAUACUUAGUGUACUACGGCCUUGUGCUUAAUCUGUCCAACAUCGGUGGAAAUAUUUACAUCAAUACCAUACUGUCGGGUUUGGUCGAAAUCCCUUCGAUAUUAAUCAGUGUCGUCAUACUUUUGAAAAUGGGUCGGAAAAAACCGUUGUGUUUAACUAUGGUAGCCGGAGGUAUCGCAUGUCUGUUGACUACAGUACUGCCUCCAGACACUGACGAGUGGGUGUCUCUAUCGUUGGUAAUGGCUGGCAAAUUCUCUGUUUCAUCGUCAAACGUUAUUAUGCCACUGUACACCGCCGAACUGUUCCCGACCGUCAUCAGGAAUUUGGGCGUCGGCACUUCAAAUAUACCUGCAGGAAUCGCCUUAAUCAUGGUGCCGUAUCUUUGGAACUUGUCUUCCGUGAGCAAAGUUUUGCCGUUAAUGGUGUUGGGAACGGUGAGUGUCAUCGGCGGAUUAUCCGUCCUCAUGUUGCCAGAAACCGGAAGUCAUUUGUCCGACACGUUGGAGGAAGUGGAAGAAUGCAUUAACAUUACAAGUAGUCCUCAGAAAAAAUACAUUGACACGGUAAGUAGUCACGUGCAAACCACACCGACAGAGAAAAAAUAGCGAACGCAAAACUGAUAAAUUUUGCAUUUGCUAUUCCUUCCCUUUACCCACUCCGUCUUCCUAAUCUUUGUAUUAAGUUUUAAGUGUUUUGCAUUACGUGAAGUUAUUGGGAAUAACUUUGUAUUGCUUUUUACGAUUUUGACAUAUUUCUGUGAUAAAUAUAAGUACCUAAACCAUAAAAGUUAAUCGACAAUAAAAUGACUACUCCAUAUUGUAUUUAUAGUCAAUCAAUGUUACUGUACAGCGUGUAUCACGAUGAGCAGAAAACCUCACUAACUUUUAGUUAGGUCAUCGUGAUACAUCCUGUAUAGUAUUUGAAACUAUACAAAUUUGACUUAUAAGAAUAUAGUUUAAAACAGUAUUUAGUGCAAGAGUUGAUUAUAAUAAGUCGGUACAUAGUGUAGGUUACAGAUUUAUAAACGAAAUAUUCAUAAAUCUACCUAGUCCUCACGACCUGUACCGUAAAAUAAAAUAUGUAUUUCCUAUAUGGCUAAUAUUUUAAUUAUACAUGAUAAAUAUUAUUAUUAUAUAAGUAUUUUAUUUUUUAAUUAAUUGUAACAUGUAAAUAUAUAUUUAAGAGUAUAAUAAGUUAUGUACUAAAAUUAUUCGAGUUAUAUUAUUUAAUCUUUGUAAAAAUAAAUUAAUUUAAACGUUAAGACUAUUUUAUACAAAUUUUAUUAAUGAAUCGUUAUACAUUUCAAUGUUUAUAUUUUAAUAAUUUAUUACAUUAAGAUAGUUUGUAAU